AUGUCCCGCUUGCCGUCAGAAAGUCAACCGGCGGAGACUCCGUCGCCGUUUGCUUACUGCUGCCGAGACACCGGCGUCUCGCCCUACAAUACAAUAUUCGCAACCUUCCUCGGAUUUACUCUCACCUGCACAACGUAUUCUCUGUUCGAAAUGCGCCUGACCUGGCAGCAUUCCCGAUUUAGGACGUGCGACCGUUGUCGCCAGUGGAAACGUAAUUACCGCCGCUCACCACCGUGCAGGAAAGGCUCUCUUUUACAGUUUGCUGCGGCCACCCAAAAUGGCUUCUCUGCUCCCAGUGUACCUCGUCCUCGCCGGACAUUCCGCUCCUUGCCAGUUCAAUGA